UCUCGCUCCCAUUUCCACUAAUCAUUGAAAAAUAAUAAGUCUGAAAUGCCCUUUGGGUGCCCCUUUGACAUGCAUGGUAUGAUAGGUUAUCGAUUCAGAGCAGGUAAGAUGGCAGACACCGAAGAAAAUGAGCAAAAGAUGACCGUAGACAAGUGGAAGGAAUCGUGGAGUUCUCCAGAUGUGGAUUUCCAUAACCCUGAUCUGAAUGGAGUGUUCUUAAAAUAUAACAACAGAAUGCUUACAAAGCCAGACAUGAGGAUAUUUGUGCCCCUGUGUGGAAAAGCAGUGGAGAUGAAAUGGUUGUUGGAUCAUGGAUAUAAGGUUGUAGGGCUGGAGGUAGCUCCUGUUCCAUGCAAGGCAUUCUUUGAGGAGAACAACAUUCCUUAUCAAGUCAAAGAAAUUGGGGCCAUUCCCGGGGAGAAAUAUGAAAGCUUAGACGGCAAUUGUGCUAUCUAUUGCUGUGACUUUUUUCAAAUUUCUGUGGACAUUUGUGGAGAAUUUGAUGGAAUCUGGGACAGCGGCGGACUAAAUGCCAUGGAAAUUGAAGAUAGGGCGAAAUACAUUAACAUAAUUCGAUCACUGAUGGGCAAGGGAUGUGUAAACAUGACAGAGUUUAACAACUUUGAUUUUGACACCAACUGGAGCAUGUCAACGACCGAUCUGAAGAAGUGCUUCGGUGAGGGAUACCAGAUUGAAGAUGUGGCAAAAAUGGAUGCCCCUGAGAAAAUGAAGGACAUAGGCUGUAUAGCCGUGCUGUUGUUCACGAUAACCAGGAUAUAAAGUUAUAUUAAAUGUAUGCUUUCUUGUGACUGAGUGCAAUCCGUACGACUUCAUUUGCACUGUCACCUUGAAAGCAAUACAAGGUCCAUUAGCUAGUAUUCCGUGGCCUCUGUAUAUGUUAAUCGUUACCAGGUCGAGUUUGUGAACUUUUGUGAAAGUUCUUUUGAAAUGUGUGCAAUGGAUUUAUUUGUUCAGUACAUGUCUUAUGUGCCAUAGACGAUGGCAGUUUGUAUUGAGGGAUCUCAACAAAAACGCCUACAAACCUCAUUUUCACAAGCUGUACAUGAACAUUUAAAGCCAUUAAUCAUUAGGUUCAGUGUCAUGCAUGUGUGUAACAGUACAUUGCAUUUAGAAUGUUUUUACCUAAAUGUAUGUGAUUGCACAUGGUCUAUAGAAAUGAUCAAACUUGACUCCUAAUCACUCUGGCUAGAUUGAGUCAAUUUGAGUGGCUGCUAGCCUCAGCCUAGUAUCAUUCUGAAUGUCCUUGAUAAAAAGUAAACCAGAAUUGCAUUAAUUUUUGUUUCAAUAGCGUUUUGUAAAGGAUAUUAAAAUGCAUUGUCACUUUUAUUUUUGUACUAUUGUUAAUAAAGUGUAGGAAACCGGAA